AUGCCACGCUGCUUAAUGGCGAAGAAGUGGAAGGCAUAUCCGUGGCCGGAUCGGGUCGAGGAAUGCCCAACACCAGGAAGUUCAUCGACGACGAUAACUUCGUCAUCGUCGCUGGCCGGUUCAGCACCAACUACACCAUCCCCGCAGCCAACACCACUGGCUCCGUUGGUAGUAGUGGAGGUACUCGAAGAAGAUGAAGAAAUAGACGUCGUGGGAGAUUCACCGGCGGCUGCGACAACCGGCAGUUCCAAAGGCUGCUCUUCGGUGCCUCCAACAGCCGUCACUGGCAGCGAAACAGGACCAGCCAGUACGGCAUCAGCAACCGCUGCCACCUGUUGGGGUCCUUCUUCACCAACGGCCGGCGCCACAGCGCCCAGUCCACCGCCACACUCGCCGGAAGCUGCUACCCGUGAUGCUUCUUCUACGAUUCUUUACAACGGAUACACGCCAGACAUUUCGCAUCACUUCACCGCCUUCCUGCCGAAAAUCGAACAUGACGGUGGAUAUCAGCAAACGCACUACAUACUGCCUCCGACUCCCACGUCACCUCCUCGCUCUCCCGGCGAAGAUUCUCAGCGAAGUCCCCGGCACGAAAGUAUUUCCCCCGCUAAGAAGAACCUGUUCACCAGCAGUUCCGGAACUGCUCUGUCACUACCCCCGAAGAAGAAGGACAUCUACCGGCCGUACUCACUGGAUGACAGGCCGCGUAACUACGAGAUCCGGAUUCCAGCGGAGGAGGACUUGCACGCAGCUCAUGCAAUACUGGAUCUCAGUGCAUCGACGGCAUUUCUGCCACCACCAGCUCCGCAUCAAAUUCUGCAGCACCAACACCAUCAACUUCUCCAAGAGGAACGAAAUCACACUGUUCCCAGCUCUCUGGGCUCACCGGAGCAGAACGAAAAUAAAAAUAGCACCAAUACUCUGGACGACAAGAAAUCCAGCAAAACUGUAGCCUACACUUAUGAAGCCUUUUUUGUCAGUGACGGACGAUCGAAAAAGAAAAUCGCUGAUCCGAAAGCUAUUCUAGAGACCAAAGCCAAGUAUACCUGUACCGAAUGCGGCAAGCAGUAUGCUACUUCGAGUAACCUUUCGAGGCAUAAGCAAACACAUCGAAGUUUGGACUCUCAAUCGGCCAAGAAGUGCAUGACCUGUGGUAAAGCCUACGUAUCGAUGCCGGCACUUGCAAUGCAUGUUCUAACGCACAAAUUGUCUCAUAGUUGCGGGGUAUGUGGAAAACUGUUCUCGAGACCGUGGCUUCUGCAAGGUCAUUUACGAUCACACACCGGAGAGAAACCGUACGGCUGCGCUCACUGUGGCAAGGCCUUUGCCGAUCGGUCUAACCUAAGGGCGCAUAUGCAAACUCACUCCGUCGAUAAGAAUUACCAGUGCCAACGGUGUCAUAAGACGUUCGCACUCAAAUCGUACCUCAACAAGCACCUCGAAUCAGCCUGCUUCAAGGAAGAUUCUUGUAUGAGUCCACUGGGAUCGAGUAAUAGUCUGGAUAAUAUGGAUAACAGCAAACUAGUGGGCGCAACAUUUGCGGAAAAACUUGGCGCCAAACUGCUCGUAAAGCAAGAAAACAGUAAUGAGGAAGCUUUAAAUCAAAACUUCGCCACGUUAGCUGCAGCGGCUGCGGCUAGCGGAGCUACCGGCGGAAACAUUCUCGUAAUGAAGAAUGUCGCCGGAAGUUUGCUGGCCAGUGGUAGUAAUGGCACGUCCCCAACGGCCAUCUUGACAGCCAACCCGUCGGCUGCCGCCGCAGUACUGGGAGCUGUCAAUGGAACGACCACCAUCUUGACUACAUCGGCGACAGCUGGAAGCCACAAUCCAACGACGGCGGCUGUCCAUAUUAACGUUAACUUUAGCGGGUAA